AGCACGAGCGCUGAGAGAGAGCCAGCAGCAGCCGAUAGAGAAGGAUUGCCUGUCAUGCUAUAACAGUAUGCAUGUACAAGGCAAGGUGGCAUGAUCGUUUAGUCAAUUAACCAGAUAUAUAUUAGGUAAUUAUUUGCCGUCUAAUCCACGAGACAUGCAUUCCGUCAACAUUGUGCUCAUUUUCAUUUUGGCAAUGAAAAUACCGACAAUUUAUCAUGGACUCUACAUGCAUAAAGUGAAUGUCUUUCCCUGAAUCAACCAUUCUGGAAUAAAAAUAAAUACUCGGACGGGAUGGAUUCGUUUAAUUCCAGCGGAGUUGACACGUUCCCUGUUGUCAACUUAAAUUCCUCAUCAGAAAGUCCAUAUUCUUCGGCUACAAUAGCGAGUCUUGCAGCACUUGUAAGUUUUCUUAUUUUGUUUACAGUGGUCGGGAACGUUCUGGUUGUAAUUGCGGUUUUAACGAGCCGGGCAAUGAAAGCUCCCCAGAACCUGUUUUUGGUUUCGUUAGCCACCGCAGACAUUCUGGUUGCCACUUUGGUGAUGCCAUUUUCUCUGGCAAACGAACUUAUGGGCUACUGGUAUUUCGGCAGAGUUUGGUGUGGAAUUUACCUCGCUUUAGAUGUCUUAUUUUGCACUUCGUCCAUUGUCCAUCUGUGCGCAAUCAGUUUGGACCGCUACUGGUCCGUUACGCAAGCUGUUGAAUAUAAUCUCAAACGGACUCCUAAACGAGUGAAGUGUAUUAUCGUCAUUGUAUGGCUUAUAUCUGCCAUGAUAUCUUCUCCUCCGUUAAUAUCAAUAGACAAGAACAAUGAUAACUCUCAGUAUCCAGGGUGUGAGCUGAACAAUGACACUUGGUACAUCCUCUCCUCUAGCAUUGCGUCAUUCUUUGCGCCUUGCCUAAUCAUGAUAUUAGUGUAUAUUAGAAUAUACCAAGUGGCCAAGACCAGGACCAGGGGCAUGUCGGAGAAAAAACAUGGUCCAGGUGAACCUACAAUGACUGAGAAUGGCCUAAGCAAAGCCGCCUUGUGCAAAAUCAACGGGGACAGAGAGACCGGGCACUGCCAGUGCCCACCCACGCCCAGCAUGAUGACCACAGAGGUUCAUGAUGAGGGGGACCUGGAGGAGAGCUCCUCCUCAGAGGGCAAAGGUCACACCAAACCUCAGGACCUGAACCAUAAGAGGGUCAAGCGGGCCAGCCGGAAGAACAGUGCCAUCUCCAAACACUCCAGCCGGAUCUCUAGAGCCAGCAACAAAUCCAUGGACCUGUUCGCCUCCAGAAGGAAGAGGAGGAGGAGCUCUGUGUCCAUGAAAAAGGUCUCCCAGGCCAGGGAGAAGAGGUUCACCUUUGUGCUGGCGGUGGUCAUGGGGGUAUUUGUUGUGUGCUGGUUCCCAUUCUUCUUCAGCUACUGCCUGCACGGAGUGUGCGGGGACCCCUGUAAGAUCCCCGAUCCCCUCUUUAAAUUCUUCUUCUGGAUUGGUUACUGCAACAGCUCGCUCAACCCCGCCAUCUACACCAUCUUCAACCAGGAUUUCCGACGCGCCUUUCAGAAAAUCCUUUGCAAGUCAUGGAAAAAAUCCUUCUAGAUAUAUGUGAUAAUGGGAGGGACAAGCCAGGACUAAAUAUGCCCUGAGAUGACCAUGACAAUCUCAACAUGGACAUAUGAAAUCUACCAUGGAAUAUUAAUAUGAAAGAAGCCUUUUUUGUAUUCAACCAUAUGAACAAUGCAACGUGCAUACUGUACUUACAGUGGUCAUACACAGUGUCAUGCUGUAACUCAAUUGAGAGAGCAUCAUUCUGAACUACGCCUUCAUAUUCCCUCACAGGCAACUCUUGUGCUCUCAUUACCCCACAUAUUUCUGUUACUGGCCUGCAUAUUUGCCAUUCACGUUCAGUGUGUGCAUAGUGGUUCCCAGAACAAGAUGUUCUGAAGUGUAUCGCAAGGCUUUCAACUCAAUGUCACAUUAGAUAUCUGGUACUCCUGAGUCCUAUACAACUAAAGUAACACAAUUUCCAGGCUGAUCAUGCUAAUGUGAAAACACAGGGGAACUAGCCGAGCGCAUCAGCAGUCUAAUCCACUAUGUUGACUUGUCACGGGUAAUGAUUUCCAAGUGGACCCUAGGGAUUACAGACAAAUGGCUGAGGUGUUGAGGGCUGAGUAUAUGUUUUUAAAACGUGGGCUACGGUUGUUCCUUUUAUUUAUAAUAGCAAGAAAGCUCCGUAUUUUUCACCCUGGAUGCUGAUUAAUAAAUACCUAAGAAUAAAACAUCAAAUAUUUAUUUGAAGUACCUCUUGUGGACUGUUUCUGUUAAAUUAUUUUGCAUAAUUAACAUUUUGUUUUGCAAGUGGUGCUUUUUCUUAUGCUUAAGGUAGUGGGCUAUCAUGCAAAAUAAACGCUGAAGAAAUCUUA